UUGUAAGCUUUUUUUAGUUUAAAAGGAAAGGUUUCACAUGAUGGAGGACAACAAUCUGUUUGGGCUUGUUAAGGAGGAUGAUCUGAUGGAUUUGCCUCCUGGGUUUCGAUUUCAUCCGACUGAUGAAGAAUUAAUCACUCAUUAUUUGUCGAACAAAGUGGUUGACGCCAAUUUCUGUGCUAAAGCAAUCGGAGAGGUUGAUAUGAACAGAAUUGAGCCAUGGGAGUUGCCAAGGUUGGCGAAAAUGGGGGAAAAAGAGUGGUAUUUUUUCUGUGUGAGAGAUAAGAAGUAUCCCACCGGAAUGAGGACGAACAGAGCAACUGCAGGUGGGUACUGGAAAGCUACCGGGAAAGAUAAGGAGAUUUUCCGGCGAAAAGUGCUCGUCGGAAUGAAAAAAACCUUGGUGUUCUACAAAGGGAGAGCUCCAAAAGGUGAAAAAACGAACUGGGUUAUUCACGAAUACAGAUUAGAAGGCAAAUCCUGCCAAAAACUACGCAAAUCGGCCAAGAAUGAGUGGGUGAUUUGUCGUGUGUUUCAUAAGACUUCCGGUGGAAAUAAAGUCCAAGAUACAGGGCUGACGAAGAUGAAUUCUGGUGGUAACGAACGGCUUCCGUCUUCUCUGCCUCCAUUGAUGGAUUCUCCCGUGGCGGCGUGUGGUGGCAAGAUACCUAAACAAAUCAUAUCCCAACCACUCCAUGUGCCCUGCUUCUCCAGUCCGAUCAACAUCCAACAGAAAGACAUGUUCAAUAGUUUUCUAAACAAUCCUGAUUUCAAUCUCACUUCAAAUUUUGAUCACCAGAGGAUUGGAAACACCAUUUCCAUCGGUCAAUCUGUUCAUCAAAUUCAAUUCCCACAGAACUCUGCAUUUGCAGUCAACGAUCAAGCAAUGCUGAGGGGUUUAAUCGAGAAGUAUGGUCAAAACAUGAAACUGGAAAGAGAUAUAAUUACUGGUUCACAAGACACGGGGCUGAGCACUGAGAUGAACACCGAAAUCUCGUCCCAUAUGUCUAAUCUUGAAAUGGGUAAGAGGAGAUUUGAAGAUCAAGAAACCCCAUCAACUUCAAUUGCAGCGAUUGAUAUGGAUUGCUUUUGGAAUUACUAAAAUUUUGAUGAGAAACACUUGCAAGAAUCACCAUGAUAGAAACUGUUGAUCUUUCUGAAAUAGAUUAAUUGUGGAAAGAAUAGUCUGAUGUUUGAGAUAUGAAUAUUAAAGAUUUUUUUUUUUUUUAAUAUUUUGGUAUUAUCAUAAUUAAUUAAUGGGGGUUUAAUUAUAGUAUAUGAAAUUCUUCAAAUGUGAUGACAACUAGAGAUUGAGUUGGUGGCUUAACUCAUCUAUGGAACGUAGUGAUCUGUUUUCAAC